AUGCAGGAAGAGGCCCGUAGCUUGAGCGAGGCUCUUCUGGCGAAUCGCCGUGAAGUGAGGGUCGACCUAGUAAAACUGCUGCAUAAGAUAGAAGGGGAGGCAUCCAGGUCACUGAAGGAGGCUGCAGAUACACCAUCAGGCCCAGAAUCGGAAAAGGCCAUUGCCGACUUUCGUCGAAAAGCCGCCGACUCUCUCACUUUCAGGCAAUACGCAAGUCCAUACUCUUUCUUUCUCACGUCAUUAGAUAAAAGUAUAGAAGAGAUCCGCAGCCUAGCUCACAGUCAACCCUGUUAUGAGAGAACUGGUUACAAAAGUGUUGGGGACUGGUGUCAGGUGAAUCGAACUUCUGCCCAAGAGUUACCUUUUUGUGAACCUGAUGUCUUCCAGGAUGUUCUGAACGCUUAUGACACUGUUAUCACCGCGGUGUCAGCCGUUACCGCCCUUGGAGCUGGUUUGACGUAUACUACCAUUUUCUCCGCCCAGAAAGGAAAUGUGACAUACAUGAUGUGGGCCUUCUCCCUUUUCACCAUUGGUCUCGUUACCAUCACCUGCAGUCAAGCAAUCCUUAAGUGGGGAGCUACGCGCACUCAGCACCCUUUCUUGACGGUCGGGUUGUGGGAGUUCUUUGUCGCCGUGGGGGUGUUCUCCGCGGUUGGCACGCUGAUUGCCGCGUUUUGCCUCCUCCUGAUCAGUGUGUAUAAGUUCAAUGUGAAUGACGGCAUCGAGUCGAGCGGCUCCUCCAAGACCCCUGCGGCGGUAGCUUUCGCGGCGAUUGGCAUCAGUCUCGGUGUUAUAUUAAUUAUCUUUGCAUUGUUUGCCGUGGCCCAUAAUAUCAAAGCUUUAGUGUGGCAAAGGUCAAUCGAUCGUGCCAGUGCCAAGAAGAAGCUUCUACAAGAUUACCCAGACUGGCAGGUCUGA